GCAGCCUGAGCUGUCGCUUCUUUGGCGGUGACUUGAGGCGGCGGCGCUCGCCAUGGAGUCCUACGAUGUGAUCGCGAACCAGCCGGUAGUGAUCGAUAACGGCUCAGGAAUGAUUAAAGCUGGUUUUGCAGGGGAUCAAAUACCCAAGUACUGUUUUCCUAACUAUGUGGGCAGACCAAAGCAUGUUCGUGUCAUGGCCGGCGCAUUGGAAGGAGACAUUUUCAUUGGACCAAAAGCAGAGGAGCACCGAGGCCUCCUUUCUAUCCGCUAUCCUAUGGAGCAUGGCAUAGUGAAGGACUGGAAUGACAUGGAGCGUAUCUGGCAGUACGUGUACUCAAAAGACCAGCUCCAGACUUUCUCCGAAGAGCAUCCCGUGCUCCUGACAGAAGCUCCACUGAACCCCCGAAAGAACCGCGAACGAGCUGCUGAGGUUUUCUUUGAGACCUUUAACGUGCCAGCCCUCUUCAUCUCCAUGCAAGCUGUGCUGAGCCUUUAUGCAACAGGGCGAACCACAGGAGUUGUGUUGGACUCUGGGGAUGGGGUCACCCAUGCCGUUCCUAUUUAUGAAGGGUUUGCCAUGCCACACUCCAUUAUGCGAAUUGACAUAGCCGGCCGUGAUGUCUCCCGUUUCCUUCGUCUGUAUCUUCGGAAGGAAGGCUACGAUUUCCACACGUCAUCUGAAUUUGAGAUUGUAAAAACCAUAAAAGAGAGAGCUUGUUACCUGUCAAUAAACCCACAGAAGGACGAGACAUUAGAAACAGAGAAAGCUCAGUAUUACCUUCCAGAUGGAAGCACCAUUGAGAUUGGCCCUGCCCGAUUCCGGGCCCCUGAGCUGCUGUUCCGACCAGACCUGAUUGGGGAGGAGUGUGAGGGGCUGCAUGAAGUGCUAGUGUUUGCAAUUCAGAAGUCUGAUAUGGACUUGAGGCGAACGUUGUUCUCCAACAUUGUGCUCUCCGGAGGCUCAACACUCUUCAAAGGUUUUGGCGAUAGGCUUCUGAGUGAAGUGAAGAAAUUGGCCCCCAAGGAUGUCAAAAUCAGGAUGUCUGCUCCUCAAGAGAGACUGUAUUCUACGUGGAUUGGUGGCUCCAUCCUGGCCUCUCUGGACACCUUUAAGAAAAUGUGGGUUUCCAAGAAAGAAUAUGAAGAAGACAGUUCCAGGGCGAUCCACCGGAAAACCUUCUAACCCAUGUGCAUCCUGGGGUCUCCUUGGAGAUUUGUUCUUGUUCUCAACUCACUUAUCUGAGUCCAAGUGUCUGAGGAGCUGAUCAUUUGUGUGUGUGCGUAUGGGUGGAUGGUGCCAGCAUUCUCCGGACUUUCCCAGAGCGAGAGGAAAGGCCGGCGUUUUGACUUGACUUCUGAUUGCUCUUGUGGGAGGCAGAUGAGAAAUUGGAAUGAACCUUGUUGGAACGUGUUCUUUUUCAGUUGGUCCUUGA